GUAAAAUCAUAACACUACAGUAGAGUAGUUCUUCAGUGACAUCUUUUCAUGGGACACCAUGUCUGUCAACUACGCCACUGGUUUGUCAUCAUAUGAAUUCAAGGGGAAGUGCGGUCUUCCUGAGAAGUUUGAUUUGGACGAAGAAGUUGAAGAGAAGGUUCAAAAGGUGGCGGAGUGGAUCAAGAACAGCAAGCAUUUAGUCGUUCAUAGUGGAGCUGGGAUCAGCACAGCGGCUGGGAUCCCUGACUUCAGAGGACCAAAUGGUGUAUGGACAUUAGAAGAGAAAGGGGAAGAACCCAAUGUGAAUGUGACUUUUGAGAGUGCCCAACCAACUCUUACACAUAGGGCAAUCUUGGGACUUGAAUCUGCAGGGUUUGUGAAAUACGUCAUCAGUCAAAAUGUAGACGGGAUGCAUCUUCGGUCUGGAUUCCCGAGGAACCGUCUUUCAGAGUUGCACGGGAAUAUGUUUGUGGAGGAAUGCGACAAGUGUAAAACACAGUACUUGAAUCUGACUUGCUCACCCACGAUGGGUAAGAAGUGGACGGGGAGGAUGUGCUCACAGGUCAAGUCACGUGGACAAUGCAGGGGUCGUCUUCAUGAUACCAUCCUGGACUGGGAGGACAAUCUUCCAAAAUAUGACUUGGAUAGAGCAGAUGAACACGCCAAAAAAGCUGAUGUAAGCCUUUGUUUGGGAACGUCCUUACAAAUUGUCCCCAGCGGAAAUCUUCCGCUUGGGGCAAAGAAGAAUGGUGGAAAGCUGGUGAUAGUCAAUCUACAGCCGACGAAGCAUGAUAAAAAGUGUGACCUCAAAAUCAACACAUAUGUGGAUCUGGUCAUGGAAAGAUUAUGUGAACUACUUGAGGUUAAGAUACCAAAAUUCGAAAGAGUACACUAUAAUUUGACUUCCAUUCAUACUAAUAGUAAGGAAAAGAAGCCGAAUGUUGUGUUAUGUGAUGCAGAGGUUUUCAACGAUUCUUUAAAGGACAACACUAUCGGUGAAGGAAAACGAUCAAAUGGCUUGGAGCAGAUGUCACUUCCUGAUGCAAUGAAAAAUGAACAUAAUGGAGAGAUUUCGAAUCAUGUGAAAAAACAGUGCACUGAUUUUUCAAAUGCAGUCAAGUCUGAACAUUCUGAAAGAAAUCAGGUUAAGACUGAACUAGUUUCAACGAAUGAGACCAGGGCUGAACUGGUAUCAAAUGAUGCCAAAACUGAACUAUAUGUUAGCAAUUCACUGGGGGUAAAACAUGUAAAAACUGAGGUAAAGGUGUUGGAGACACCUCUAGAAAGAGAGGAUAACGAUGUGCAAUUAGAAAACAUGUCACAUUCCAGUGUAUUUGGAGAGAAUAGGACAAAUGGUCUCUUCUUUGACACAUCAGGUGAACCUAAAUGCAAGGUCCCGAAAGUAGAUAUGAAUGAAUUACUCUCAUGAAAAAGUCUCUUUUCACAUGUAACAAUAGGCAAGAUUUAAAGAGUUAGUAGAUUAGAGCCACAUUGCUUUUCAUUUCUGUAGUCACAGCGAGCAUUUAAAACAACCCAGAAACUUCUGAGCAGAUAUCUGGUCGUAUAUGACUUCUAUGGGCCCAUUUACGUUUGGCUGGCCAUUAAAGGCCAAACUGAGUGGGGGAAAAUUUGUAGCUGUGAUGGAGUCAACCUCUAACCAUAGACAGAUCUCAUCCAUGUCAAUGUUGCAAUA